AUGACCAAUGAUGCUACUGUACCAACUGAAGAAGAGCCCAACAAUUUAAUUAUUUGGCUCGAUGAACAUAUCGGAGAUUCCAACUGGUGUCAACAGUUGAAAAGAGCAUUUUCGACUCAGCCUGAUCCGAAAAAUCCAAUACCAGUGAAACUAUCGGACCAGGAGUUUGUAGAGAUACUCGUUUCAGAAGGUCAUAUGCCAGUGGAUUUCGAAGGUGUUCGGUUUUUAUUGGCAGCAUUUAAAGAUAUUGACAGUUGUAUUCACUGUUUUUAUGCGAACCCGCACAAACGUAUAUUUUUUAUCACAUCUGGGUCCAUGGGAGAAAAGGCUGUGCCAAUAAUUUUAGACAGAUUUAAAGACACCUUUACCGAUCCAGUUACUAAAGAACCAUACAGGUUUAUUUAUGUGUUUUGUCUCAAUAUCAAAUAUAAUUGUGAAUGGGCAUUAGACUACUGUGAUUAUAUUCAAAUGUUCAAUUUUGAGGCAGAAUUAUUGGCUCGUAUGAUACGCGAUAUUGGUGAUUAUUUUCUCAGGGAAAGUAAACGGCUGUUAACGGAAUCCGCUCCGAAUAAUCCAGCAGCAUACCAUCGUCUCACUUGGGCAAAAGAACUUUAUGAACGAUAUAAUCGAAUGGGAAUGGUAUUAAUAAAGGCUGAACUUGACGAAACCAAUGAACUUCUUAAAAAGUGGGAAAAAUAA